AUAAUAUGAUACCUCUAAUUAUUCAGUCUCGGAGUGGAAAAGAUAUAAGUAGAUGGUUAUGAACUGUGUUUGACUCGGUGCUCACGCUCAUGGAUGAAUGGUCUGAGCUUCAUCGUACCGGUUGAAACUUAACUGUACCCCUUAAUCAAAAUUAUUAAGUAAACAACACGUUAAAAGCCUUAGUGUUUAGGCAAAGUUAAAUUCUAAUUGAAUAUGAUACCUUCAAACGAGGAGCAAAUACCGUUCGGUAUCUCUGGUCGUGUACUGCUUAAUUUCAUUUCACAUCCUUUCGAAUACGCGAAAGUUUUAAUACAGAUUGGACAUGAACCGAUUUUACCACGACCGACAACCACAUUUUUUAGACAGCCGGCUUUGGCUCUGCCUAAUGUUUUCCAAUACGUGAAACACAUAAAGUCUAUAGAUGGAAUUCCUGGGUGUUAUCGUGGUGUUAUCCCAAAAAUGUGUGCAUUUACUGUAAGUUCUAUAGCUUUCGAUAAAACAUCUAACUGUGUCAAAAAGGUAAUAGAUAAAAUGGAAGAAGAAUCAAAAGACUCUACAAGGGAUCAGUCAGAAGAAGAUCAGAAGUGUAAGAUAUUCAUAUAUGACCUCAUUCGAGAUCUGAUUAGUAGGAUGGUUGCAAUUAUAGUCAGUCAUCCGUUAGACGUGAUUGCAGUGAGGAUGAUGGCACAGUUCGUUGGCAAGGAAACACAAUACAACGGAUUAUUCAGAUCGGUUGUGGAAGUGUACAAAGAGAAUGGUAUUACGGGAUACUAUGCAGGGGUAGUGCCUCGCCUUAUUGGAAAUGCUGCCGCGAUAAUACUAUUUAGUACUUCUAGUUAUGUUAUCGAUAAAUACAUUCUAAAUGAUGAAGAGUCAAAACCUUAUGUUGAUACUGUCAUAAGGUUCAUAACGACAACAGUCACGUACCCAUUUUUGGUGGUAUCGCAUUGUAUGGCCGUUAACGAUUGCGGGUUAGCGGCUGGUCUCCCGCCACACAUGCCAAUUUAUAACGACUGGAAAGAUUGUUGGUCUCAGCUGUCAGCCACUAAUCAGUUAAGGAGAGGAAACACCCUUUUAUGGCGUUAUUACAGCGGACAACAAAUCAUAAUAAACGGGAAACCAACACACCUAUUGCAUUAAUAUAUGUAUUCGAGAGGCCAACAGUAAAAUCAGUUUUGUGCUAUAUAUUUUUUGUCCAGUAAAUUUCUUAUCAUGGCACAAUUGCAUUUACAUUGCAUACUCCUUGAGAAAUUAAUUUUAACGACUGUUCCAUUGAGAACUAAUUACACACACACACACACACACACACACACACACAC